AGGGACGGUGUUAUCGGCUAUAGUUUAAUUAACUCAUGUACUUUCUUGUAAAGCUCUUGGAAUGUAUCUAAAUACAGGUUGCUAAUUUCCUUAAUAUCAUAAUUCUUCAGAGCGUAAUGCCAGUGUCGACCGAUUCACUCUUGCAGGGCUUGGUCAGUCGGGGUUCCAAAGGGGUGGGCAUACAUGUAUCAGCUGUCUAUUUGAUCAUUCACAUGUCACUGAACAAGCAGUGAGAAUGUCGCAAUGUUAGGUGUGCGUCUUCGAUGAAGGUGGAUAAAUUAAAGUUAAAAUGCCAAGUAGAUGCAUAUUUAGUUACAGCACACUCCCUAAACAGUGCUUAUGUGAAUAUGGCUUUCCAGUUAUAACACCAAGAACUCAGCAUUUCUUGAUUGCAUGUUCUAACAUUACAUGUAGAUGAGAAUGAGUGACAGUGGAAAGACACCAACAGGUGCUGUGCCUAUAACGGAGUGGCCGAUAACUGAUGACAAUGUGACAGUAAUUCCUAAACAAGUGCCAUAUAAUUCAACACAAAAUAAUAUUUGCUCAGAUGAGGCUCAGAAAGGAAAUAAACGAAGUCAUGAUGAGGCAGAAAACUUGUGUGAUGCUGAUCCUCCAAGCAAAGUGAUGAAGUAUCUAGACAUUGUCACAGCCGAUAUAGCACUGGCAAAGUGGUGGCGUCGCCAUGGGCGUAGACUUAUCUCCCCUGCUGUACUUCCCAAAUCCAACAAUCCAAAUACAGUUCUCAACUAUGUUCAAAGGGUGGAUAUUGCCAAAGAUUUCCUCAAGAAUGAAUUAAAGCGGUUGACAGCUUUAAGUUUGGAUACAAGUCAGACAUUAAGUAAAGAGGAUUCCAUACAGCUUCAUUCUGCUUUGGCAUCUUACCAUGAAAAGCUUGGAAAUUUCAGCAUUGCUAAAGUGGAGGUUCUCAAGGCAUUAGAAAAUGACCCACAUGGUGGAUCGGUGGUCAGUGAAUAUGAACACGGAGGAACUGAAGCAUUUUACUUUUGUGUAUUUCUAGCCAAAGAAGUUUUGUGGCUGUCAGCCAAGCUUGACAAGCAGAUGCAGAUAAAAUCCACUCAGCAAAAGCAUAUUGAAACUUUACAGACACAGCCAGAUGAGAACAGGUGUUUUCCAAAGUGCAAAGCUGUUGAAAGACGAUGUUUUAAAAGCUUAAAUUUUGAGGAAUUUUUUACCAAAUACAGCAAGACCAGCACUCCCGUGGUGAUCACUGGUUACCUGCCCCUGAUGACUGACUCUCCAUGGACAUUCAGCUAUGUCAAAAACAAAGCAGGGAAAUGUAAAGUGAGUUUGAAAAAGUAUGUGCCAGAGUCUGUAGAAUGGGCCAGAUUGGAGAAUGACAAAAUUUCCAGUGUGGCAGAGUUUGUAGACAGUGUGAUAGAUGGGGAAGAGACUGGGAACCUGUGUUUGUUUGAUUGGAGUCUUCCUCUUCACUGUCCACAACUGGCUGAGGAAAUCACAGUCCCUAGGUAUUUUGCAGGUGAUUUCCUGCAGAGGGUUACCCAUGGCUCACUGUACCAUGAGAGCUGGCCAAGCUUGUUUAUAGCUCCUAAAGGCAUCACCACGGAGUUACAUGUGGAUGCUUUUGGCUCCAACUUUUGGAUGGCUGUUUUUGAAGGCAGGAAGAGGUGGGUGUUUUUCCCCAGGAAAGAUCAGCCACUUCUCUAUCCACAAUACACAUCAUCCAUGGAUCCUGUGUUUGAGGUGAAUUUGGACAGCCCAGAUUUGAACCAUCACCCGCUGCUUAGCUUAACUCAACCCAUGGAGUGUGUGUUAGAACCAGGUGACCUCCUGUUUGUACCAUCUGGCUGUCCUCACAGAGUAGAAAACUUGGAGACGUCAUUGGCUAUUUCAGGGAAUUUUGUAGACUUGUCAAAUUUCAAAGCAGUGAAGGAGGAGCUGGAGAUAAGUGCACUUAUUGACCCUAGAGCAGAGGAUCUCCUGACCCAGUUCACAAGUGACACUUUCAACAGUAAGAUGUCCAGCAGUAUCAGUGAUCUCCCCUGGAAGAAGUAUAAAAUGUGGCCUCCAGACUCAUUUAAUGAUUAUGACAUAACAUCUUGAUAUUU